GAUACUUCGCCCAGGGUUUCCGUUGCCUUGAAAGUCUUUGAUCGAGCCACGCGGCAUGGCUCAGGAGCGCGAGCUCGACGGGCUGUACGUUCGCACUAAAUCUGUUGACAACACACUGAAGCCGCUAAUUCGUCAUGUCAAUUUGUUAGUGAGUCACUCAGCCAAGCAUAGAAAUGCCGGUCACUCUAAGAGCUCGUCUCAAUUGCUCUCCGACGUCGAAGAAGCGGCGAACCGUUUCGUUUCCGUCGGGAAAUCGAUCGCUGACGAAUAUGACGACGUGAGAGAUGAUAUGCUGAAAGCGUGUGACGACGUCGAGUCAUCAGGAGGCGUAUUGUUGAGAACGUCCAGAAGCUAUCUUGACGAUCCGGGCAGCAAUGAUAAGAGAGAUGUUAUGACGGAGGUGGCUAAAGAGCUACUGACUGCUGUUACAAGGCUGCUCGUGAUUGCAGAUAUAGUCGAUGUUAACAACGUGAGGAGAGCAGCGAAACGGGUUGAGAGUCGUCUCAGAGAUAUCAAACAGUCAACUAGCCAGGCAGAUGUCAUUACAACGUAUCGAAGCUUGAUGGAUGACAUCACAAAUCUUUCAGUGCUUACUGCAAAUAGGCAACAGGACGUCAAAGAUCAGAGACAAGCUGAGAAAUUAGCUGCAGCUCGAGCUCAACUGAAAAAUUACAGUCGGAUGGUUCUCACAUCAUCUAGGGCUUACAUUCGUUACCCUGAGGUUGCUUCAGCUAAAGCGAAUCGUGAUUUUGUGGUGGCUCAGCUUUGUGAAGCUCUUUCGACUAUUUCUUCUACAGUGGCUGAGGAGAAUGCCAGUAGGCCACAUCCUAGGGAAAGGCCAGGAGGAUUAGCUUCAUCGAUUGAGCAGUUUAAGAACAUUGUGACUGGAGUCAAGGAAACAUCAAAAGCAAUGGCUGUAAAGGGUGGAAAGCUAGAGCAAACUGUAAUAGUGAAGCAGACAAUGAGCUUGUUGAAUGAGAAGAUGGAUCGCAUUACACGAGAGGCUACAAUGCUUGCAUCUUCUGACAGCACCAGAAGUUUCCGAAGAGGCAAAAUUCAAGAUGGGUGUAUGGCUGUGAAGGAAGAAUUACAACAGCUUAGUGAUGUGCUGCUCAGUCAGAAUACUAGUUUGUCACCUUCAGAUCAUGCGAAGAGAAUUUCAUCUCUAGUUGAUGAUGUUGUACAGAUGAUGAAUAGUCUUUACAUUCAGUUACGUCGAGCUACUGUUGAUCAUGUGUCUGAUGUGCUUUAUGAUAUCAGUACGCCGUUGUCUCUCAUGACUGAUGCUGCAAAGGCAGCAAAUCGACGAAAAAUGGAAGCUUGUGCAAAGGCAUUUCGGGGCUAUUGCUCCAGGGUAGAGCAGGUUUCAAGCAUGGUGUGUAAUGUAUCAAGCAAUCCUGAGCACGUGAAGAUGGUUAAACUAUCAUCUAACGAGUUACGAGUACUUCACCCAGAAGUUUUAAACGCAGCUCAAACAGUGAUGUUACAGUCAACCAGCAAAGUUGUGAGGGAUAAUCUGGAAGCCUAUGAAGAGCGAUGGUUGGACCAGGUCAAACUAGUGAAAUAUGCUGUUGAUAACAUUGUGGACAUUGACGACUUUUUAGCAGUUUCAGACAUUCACGUCCUUGAGGAUUUAAGGAAGUGUAUGGUUGCAAUACAUGAUGCAGAUGUUAAUAGUUUGGAACAGGCUUUGUCCAGUGUACAAGGCAGGAUUGCUCGUAUAUGUGAAGUUGUGGUGGCUGAAAUGCAACUGUAUACUGAUCCUAAGUACAGCCAAUAUACAAGCAAUGUUCAGCAAGCCAUAUCAGACCUCCAAGAGUCAGAUGUUCCACCUUUUGCAUCGUUUAUUGACAGUGUGCUGGACCAGCUGAAUGAAAAUUCUGCAGCUCUAGUUAGUGAACAAGAGUUUUUUGAAGUGGCAUCUGCGGUUGGUAAUGGCGUCAGACGAGUCAAAGACAUUGUACAAUCUGUCAGAGGUGAUGCUGUUGCUAAUGAUCCUGAUGCUGAUAUUGCUGCUGAAAAUAUUGAACCCGACUUUCCUCCACCACCACCACAUAUGUUGGAUGACACACGAGAGGCAGAAGUGGAAUUGAAGACUGAAAGAGGGGAUGCAGUAACUGUAAGAAAGCCUACUAAAGCUGGGAGAUCAUUAUUCCGGCGACAGAGUCGAGCAUUUGUCCGGGAAGCUGAAAGAGAACUGAACCAGGGUGAACUAACUCACUUGCCUCUCGAACAAAGACAGGAAAUCCAAGCUUUAAAGGAGGAGAAGCAGCAGUUGGAGACUGAAGUGGAAAAAUGGAAUGACAACACGAAUGAACUCAUUGUGUUGGCCAAAGACAUGGGCAUGAUGCUUGUUGAAAUGUCAGAUUUUACAAGAGGAGCUGGUCCAUUAAAGAGCACGAUGGAGCUUAUUGCAACGGCCAAAGAAAUUGCUGAUACAGCCAGUGCAUGUGACAGUUUAGUGUCUUCUAUUGCUGAUCAGUGCCCAGACAUGCAAUCAAAGAAUGAGCUGCUGGCCAGCCUUGAGAGAAUCAACUUCUACUCCCAUCAAAUCAACAUCACCAGCAAGGUGAAAGAAGACAUUGCAACUCUUACUGGAGACUCUUCCCAAGCUUCUGAGAAUGCUAUCACUCUUAUAACAACUGCCAAGAACUUAAUGAAUGCUGUUGUAGCAACCGUGAAAUCAGCAUAUGUUGCUUGGGCUAAGAUAUCAAAAUCAGCUGGAAGUGGCCAAAGUACAUCAACUCAGUGGCGUCUUCAGGCUCCUAGCAAAGUUCCUCUAGUUCGACUCGAAUCACAUCCACCUCACUAUAAUUCACAGUCUUCAUAUGGCACACUUGCUCCAGUCCGAGCACUAGACGACUUUCGUGGAAAAUCACCGCCAGUGAUGGAAGGUGAUGAAGAGUUGCUCUAAUGGAUGAUGAAUAUCCAGGUCUUUUAAUUAGUGGUCAGUUUUUUAUUAUGGUGCUUCAUGUGCAGUUGGUAUAAGGAUUAUGCACUUGCGCUGGUUAAUUUGGACAAGACCCCAGAGUUUAGUUUUAUGGUUCCCAUUUGAUUCAUAGCUAUUUAGGUUGCUGUAGCUAUGUACAUUAUUCAACUUAGUGAUUAAAAAAUUGAAAGGUUUGUUAGAACAUUA